AUGAUAUCGUGCGCGUGUUGCGAGAGGGUUAAAAUUUUUUACACCAACCAAGAAAAACAACUUUGUUUCAACAUGAUUUAUCAGCGAAAUGGCUUGAAUUUGGAUAUAUCCUUGGACUCCUUGAUCAUCAAAUCGAUCACUGUAGCAAAUUACAAGCCAUUCCAGAUGUGUUCUUCCGUUCCUAGACUGCCAUUUACAACGAUUUGCGUUUACAUUCAAGAACUCAAACAAUACGAGAGGUCCAUCACAGUUUGCCCGCGCCUCGAGGUCACCUCGAAGAAGGAAAGUUGGCAGAUCCGCUUCAGCUGCGGCAGCAUCUCGACUCAGCUCCUACCGCAGUGA